AUGGCUCAGUCAAAGAUGCUCAGCUCUUCGGGGUUGUUCACUGCCGUUGUCGUGCUCUCUUCUUUGAUCACUCCUGUGAUCUCUAUUCCCCUCGAGGCCCCGCUGCUUCAAGAUGACCUAGUGAAGCGUCAGGGAACGACGACGACCGCAACCACUUCCACGAUUUCGACUACAACUACGUCGACACUCGCGCCGACUACGACUAGCACUUCUGAUGUGCCCACUGUAACUAUCACUUCUAUGGUUACCACUACGGUCGACCCGCCCGAUACGUCUACAACGGUCGUAGAGAGCACUACUACGUACACCAUCACGAAUCCACCAACGACCACUUCGUUUACUACGGUAUCAACUACUACGUCUACGUCGCUGUCGACGUCCCUAUCCACUUCCACAAUUAGCACGGCUGAGCCUACGGCUACUCCGGCCAUGUUCUUCCUUCGAUCUCAUGUCAGCGAUGGCACCCCGAAGAUGAAGAGGGACAGCGCGUUCGAGAACCUGUAUAUCUCGGAUGCCAACGAUGAGGACGGAAGCGUAAUUCCCACGUUCACCAGUAACCGCGCGGAGGCCUACGCAGCGUACUACGACGCGGACUCUUCCAGCAUUGCCUUCGACGACGGCACUGACGCAGGGCGAGGCCUGACCUUGGUCUCCGACGAUGACAGCGAUGCCUACUCCCCAGCCUUUAUCACGGAUGGCUACGGCACGGCCCGCAUGGACAUCAGCUGGGGAGAGCUCAUCUGGGCGAACGACCGCUUCGGCUCUUGGCUCGCAUGCCCGAACGGCAGUAAUGUCGACUUGCUCUGGUGGGACGUCACGACGAACCAGCUCGUCGAUCAGGCCAUCUGCACCAAGAUCCAGUUGUUGGUUGAGAAUCUCGACUGA